AUGGCCGCUCUUACACCCGCGUCGACGGUCAGUACUAUCGAAAGCGACUCACAAUGUGCAGCUACUGAUUAGGCCGUAGAGGGCGCUAGCAAACCUCCGUUCCUUCACCUCCCAACCCACCAACUGGUAUCGAUGUCCGCUUACACGGCGAGCCGCUGUGCUCAUACUGCUGUUUGCAGAUAGAAGAGGUGAUCUCAGAGUGGUCUUGACGAUAAGGAGUACAGGGUUGAGAAACUGUGAGGACCUUCGGGGCUCAGUAUACGGGUCGAUGCUGAUAUUCAUAAGAUGCCGGCCAAGCAGCUCUUCCAGGCGGGAAGUCCGAUGCUCUCGCGGAGACACCAUUCGCGGUUGCAAGGAGAGAAGCCUUUGAAGAGAUCGGAUUGCCCAUGAGCGAUCACAAGCUCCCACAUGGCUAUACAGUAGAACACCUCACAGAGCUACCCUCGAACCUAGCCAUGACAGAGCUUGGUGUGAGGCCAUGCGUCGCUUACUUGAAGACACCGUCUCCUUCCUCGCACAAUCAGAAUCCGGAUGUCGCGAGGGACAUCCUACCUAAGUUGGAUGCGCGAGAAGUCGCCGCCGUCUUCACAGCGCCUUUCCAGAACUUCCUCUUUGUGAAAGAUGUAGACCCGGAAAUCCGUGAGAAGGUGCCCGGCCAGUGGUAUGAGGGUAGUUGGCACUCUUGGCAUGAGACCGCAUGGCGAAUGCAUCAAUUCUUCGUACCCGUCACUCCGUCCACCGUAUAUCUCGCAAGAAAGCCGAAGUCCUACACCGAUCCACGACCACCGGAUCAGAAGAGACCGACCACGACAGGCUCCAAAAGCCCCGCUUCAGGUUCGAAUAAGUCGUCCUUGCAGCCACCGCUUCCAAGGAAGUUCUAUACCAAUUCAAACAAUGCACUGGAGCAGCCUAGAUAUAGAGUCUUUGGAAUGACAGCUCGAAUACUAGUCGAUGCGGCGAGGGUAGCAUACAGUCGGGAGCCCGAAUACGAGCACAAUAGCCACUUUGGAGAUGAGGACAUGAUUGCUCGGCUUUUAAGCAUCGGACGACUCGGCGAGAAGAAGAAAGAAGGGGAAAUAUUGACCAGAGAGGUCAUGCGAGAAGCUGCCAAAGCGAAGAUGUAA